GAUGUUAUUGUAAAAGAAUUCAGUGUAACUGAAUCAAGUGAAACAACAUGUAAAUCAACAGCAAUUCGAUGAAAAAAUGUUUGUUAAACUAUUUUUAAAAUAAAUGAAAUAGACUCAAUUCCUUUUCUUUUUCAUUUUUGUAUAUAGGAAGCAAAAAAUGGUCAAUCAACAAGUAGUAGUAGUAAGAAAAGCGCCGGUGAAAUACGUAAAUGCUCACAUGAUACAGAAAAUAAUAAUAAUGAUCAUGGAGCAUUUAUAUCAUGGUUUACAGAUACAAAUGGCGAAGGUAGUAAUGAUGAAUUUGGUGAAGUUAUAAAAGAUGAUAUAUUUGUCAAUUCUCUUCAAUACUACUUAGCUGCAACAACAAAUGAUGAAGAAGAUGAUCUUGAAGAAAAAGAAGAUAAACAAGAAUAA